AGCAGUGUUGGAGACUGCGUCGCACUGAGUGUUAGCGGAGCGGUGGAACUAAACUAAGUAUGAAGAUUUUGUACGGACGCCUACACAUGUGCAUGUGCACGUAUGGUUCAGAAAAUGCCAUAUUAUCUCCACUGCAAUCUCCAUUAUGAGAUGCAAGAGAAGACCUGUAAACGUAGCAGAUGAUCUUGAUAGGCUCAAUCACGUUCAGUAUAAAUUCAUUUGAGCGCAAACAUUACCGCUCAUUAUGAACGCUAAUAGUCUGACCAGAACGUGUUGAAACUAUAAAAGCUCUGUGAGCUUUGUUUUUGACACAGUCAAGGCCCGUUUUGCUUGUAUCCAUUCGACGCGUUCUCAGGCCCGCAUUUUGUAAAAAAAAAAAAAAAGGAGAAGAAGGCAGCAAGGGCGUAGCCACAUGUCUUUUGCCAGCACCGUUUCUUUUUCUCUGAAUGCGAGAGACAGGAAUCUCACGUGCUGUUGCGCAGUCGCGUGACCUUCGGAAUGUCAUUACUCAAGUUCGCCGGACACGAGACCGCGCGCUGUGUGUGAUGUCCCCGCUCGAUUCCUGCCGACGGACGCGAGUGCUUCUGGCGUCGCAGUUGCUUGGCAAUGUGCACCGCUAGCCCGCGAUGAAGAAGGAGAAGGGAGGGGAAUGGCGGAAAGAGAAGUGAGUCAUUAAACGGCGACGGAUAAUCGCGCAUUGUGAAUUUCUGCCGUGCCAGCUGCUGCGCUCCAACCGGUUCACUGAAUGAUCGCCCGUAGACGACCGCAAGAAGAAGGGGAGAAAACGCGCGCGCUCCCGCCCAAUGCACUAGUAUAGCCCGAUGGCGCUGUAUUUGGCUUCGACUGUUCCGCGCGGUUCGUGUGCUGAAAUCGCCCCGCCGUCGGCGAGCAUCCUGCUCGGACUUCCCGGAGACAGGACGGUGACAGCCUCUUCCACUCGUCGGUGAGGCCCGCCGUACGCGCGAGGCAACCUAGCGCCGGCUGCGACGUCGCUGCCGGGCCGCUCUCCCCGUUCUUGCUGAAAUUUCGGUCCCACGCCCGUCGAGAACGCUGGGCACCAUGCGCAGCGAUGUCGAGUACGCGGUGUUCGGCGCUCUCAUGUGCGCCAACCUGGGGUUCGGGCUCUACUUCUCCUGCGCGCGGCGGGCGCGCAAGGAGGCCACCACCGAGGAGAUGUUCCUCGGCAGCCGGAGCCUGCGCACGCUUCCGCUCGCGGGCUCCGUGCUCGCGUCCAUGCUUUCGGCCAUCGGCGUGAUCGGCUUCAGUGCGCACUACUACGCCUACGGCUUCCACUACCUGUGGAACUUCCUGUCGGCGCCGCUCAUCGCGGCCAUCGUCUCCAAAAUGGUCAUUCCUGUUCUCUACCAACUGAGAGUCACAUCCGUGUUUGAGUAUCUAAGAAUGCGAUAUGGAAACAAAAUAGGACUUACAGCCUGUGGCAUCUACUUCUUCAUAAGCGUAACAAUCGGGGCGGUCGCCUUAUUUACAGCCUCUGUUGCGGUCUCAACAAUUUUCAAUGCGUCCCUGUCUUGGAGCACUGUCGGCAUCGGCAUCGCAAGCACCAUCUACACUUCGCUGGGAGGAAUGCGAGGAGUCGUGUGGACCGACUGCGUUCAAUCACUGCUCAUAUUAAUGGCUCCUAUCACCGUCGUUACCAAAGUAAUCUACGACUCACAGUAUCAAGGCGAGCGACUGCGACCAGCAAGUGACUUCAACAUAAAGGAGUACAUAUUUGAUGCCAGCCUGGACUUUACAAAAGACGAGAACGUCUGGGCCUGCAUGAUUGGGCUUUUCAUCCACAGCUUGUUUCGCUCGGGCAUGGAUCAAGUAGUCGUCCAGAGGUACCUCGCCGCCAGAAAACUCAAGGAAGCUCAAAGCAUCACCUACAUCGGUGUCACGUUAAACGCCUUGUACAAUUUCAUCAUGGCCGGCAUGGCUGUAGCCUUAGUCUACUGGUACCGAGACUGCGACCCACUUCUGUCUGGUGCCAUCACCAAGCUUGAUCAGAUGCUACCUUUCUACGUGAAGGAAAACCUGGGUGACUUCCCAGGCUUCUCUGGACUCUUCCUCACAGGAGUUGUCAGCGCAGCCACAAGCACUGUCUCCUCUAUCAUCAAUUCCCAAGCUGCCGUGUUUUAUGUGGACGUGGUUUCGCAGUACACGAAAUUCACGUCAGCGCAAGCAACCGCAUUUACGAAGAAGAGCGCCCUAUUCUUUGGAUGUGUUCUUACUGCUUGUGCUGUCGCAGUGCCUCAUCUGGGUUCAGCAGUCCGGCUCAUUCUGGUGCUGCACAGUGGUGGGACUGCACCGUUCGUUGGACUUUUCAUCUUGGGGCUUGUUUUUCCGUGGGCCAAUGCGAAGGGCGCUGCUGUCGGUACGUUAGUUGCUGGAGCUCUGCAGCUGUGGCUGAUGUUUGGGAAGAUCAGCCUCGGCAUUCAUUCUCCCAGGAUGGGCGUCACUGUAGACUAUUGUCCGGUGAAUACCACUUUCCCUAUAACAAGCAAUUCUACCUUCAUCGUCGACGAAGCCUCGUCCGUUGACAGUCUUUCAGGUCAUCAAGAAAACAGUUUGCUUGGCUUCUAUCAAUUUUCAGCCUAUUGGAGCUUAAUAUUCACCACUGUUCUCACCAUUUCUGUCGGCGUUACAGUCAGCUUAUUAACAGGGGAGAAAAAGACGUGCGCCGAAAACUUCCCUCUCACAAGCAAAGUUGCAUUGAGGUUAUGGAGGAAAUUGAAGCUACUACCAAAGGCAGAGGCCGAGAUUCCAGCCCAAGUUGAGGAAGACGAAGACGAAAAGGACAUCCUGCGCCAUGAAUUUAGACGAGAUGAGUCCUUCAACUCGAAUGAGAGCAACGUAUAAUUGUUAUCUCUGGAGGCCCGCCAAGACCAAUAUUCGGCACGGCUAGCGACCAGUGAACUUCAAAGCAUUGCACGCUUCCAGUCGUGCGCUCAACUUACUCCUCCGUUUCGAGUGUUUCUUGAUCGCGAGUGUUGUUUGCCAAAGGUCGGCUAGUUCGCCUAAGCCGGAGAGAAAGCCGCAGUCGACAGCGACUUCUACUUGGCACCGUUGGCAGCUCACGGAACAUAAGCAGUGGUUAUGUUCCUUAGUGAUGAAAGGAACGAGUACACGUUGUUUGUUAUUG